CAACAGCACCCAGAGACCGGAUGGUGCCGUCCCGCGGUGCAAACUUCGGGCAGUUGCAAACUUGGCGGUUUUGCCCGGUAUGAUCGUUUGCAACGUGAGCCUGAAUUGUGCGCACUGUCCCGGUGGAGUAGCCGGUGGCACGGCGGUUACGGACGCAUACGAAGAGGUGUCCGGUUCUCUCCCUCCUCCGUCCCUGACCCCGAAGGGGCACCUGGUGGUGGCGGUGUGCCUCGGCUUCAUCGGCACCUUUGGGUUCCUCAAUAACCUCCUGGUGCUCGCGCUGUUUUGCCGGUACCGUGCUCUGCGAACGCCCAUAAACCUCCUGCUGGUGAGCAUCUCUGCUAGCGACCUGCUGGUCAGCGUGCUGGGCACCCCGUUCAGCUUCGCGGCCAGCACCCAGGGACGCUGGCUGAUCGGACGCGAAGGCUGCAUAUGGUAUGGGUUCGUUAACUCAUGUUUAGGCAUCGUCUCCCUGAUCUCCCUGGCCGUCCUGUCCUAUGAGCGUUACUUCACCAUGAUGAAACCCACUAUAGCCGACAACAGAGACUUCGGCCCAGCGCUGGGAGGGAUCUGCUUCUCCUGGCUCUACUCUGUGGCCUGGGCUGUACCUCCGCUACUGGGCUGGAGCAGAUACGGGCCCGAGGGUCCAGGCACCACCUGCUCAGUGGACUGGAAGACCCAGACGGCAAACAAUAUCUCUUACAUCGUCUGCCUGUUCAUCUUCUGCCUGGUCCUGCCGUUCACCGUCAUCCUCUACUCCUAUGGAAUGCUGUUGCACGCCAUCAGACAGGUCCACAGUGGGAGCUCAGUGGUGACCCGCCGCAGAGACCAGCGGGUGCUGGUGAUGGUGGUCACCAUGGUGGUGUGCUACCUGGUCUGCUGGCUGCCCUACGGAGUAGCAGCUCUGCUCGCAACCUUCGGCCCUCGUGGCCUUUUGACCCCGGAGGCGAGCAUCACGCCCUCACUGCUGGCCAAGUUCUCCACUGUCAUCAACCCUGUUAUCUAUAUAUUCAUGAACAAACAGUUCUACAGGUGUUUCAGGGCGUUCCUUAACUGCUCCGCCACCGAGCCCCCCUCCACCUCAAAGACAUUUUCACGGCCGACCAAGACGCUCCGCACCGUCCGCCUGAAGAAGGAAUGCCACAUGUCCGAUCCCGCCCCCUCUUCUGCCCUGCCCACGCCCAACUCUAUCCACGAGUCCCCGCAGAGAGCCAAUCAAGUGGCUCCGUCUGCAUCGAAUCGACACUCUGCUGCUUCACACACCCCUAUUGCUUACACCCCCAAACCCAAACUGAUUCUGGUGGCUCACUACAGGGAAUAAAAACAGAGAAAAAACAACAGGAGCUAAAGGUUUACAGAAAACAAAAAAGUAGAAGGGAGCAGGGCGCAGGUCUCCAAUUAAGAACCAAAUCCUUUUAAUAGUGAAAAACAGUCGCAGAGGGAGUCUUAAAUACAAACUGGAAAAUUUUUAAUCCCAGAACAGAUUAUUAUUGCUCUGUGAAGUCAGCAAACAGGGAUACACACAAAAUGCCAGUCUCAUCCUGUUUACCACAGGCACUGCAUACACAGCAGUAUUAUAGGGCUAUGCAUAGUGCUUCAAGUUAAGAUUACACAUGAAAAAAAGCCACAUAAGUAGGUGAAGCUUUUUGCUUGUAUUGAUGAAGUAUCUUUGUUACACAACUAAAUAGCGUUCUUUCUUUUCAGGAACAAUUUGAAGAAGCACAGCAAACAGUAUUUUUUCGCAAACAGGGCCAUGAGAUAUUUUGUUGGCUCAAGUGUGUAGCUACCGUUAGCAGAAUUAUUCUUAUUCUUUCUUUUUCUGCAAUAAUUCGGUUCAAGAACAGGGUAAGAAUUUUUUUCAUGACACCAAUUCCAUGCCUGAUAUUUGAGGAUUCUAUACAGAGUAUUGAAGAUUUGUUGAACAUUUUUAUGCAAUUUAGAACUGAGUCGGUUUUUAUUAUGCCUUUAUUUACACUUUGCUGUAUGUAGGUCCUCUGUCUGUUAUGAAAGCCUUUUAAUAGGGACAUUUCACCAUGUCACCAUGAUAUUUUAGUCGUCUUGUUGUUUCUGAAUCGGUUGUUUCUCUCGGUUUAGUGGAAACAUAGUUUUGUGUUGUCUUGUGUUGUUUUCUUUUGCUUAUGUAACAUAAAUGAAAUCAUGUCACAGAU